AUGGACGCGAAUCAAGUCUACCUGAGUCCUCAGAUGAUGCGGAUCCCACUGAUGGACGCCACAACGAGAGUCAACAAGUAUCCAACCUCAAGGGAAGAGAAGGAGGAGCAGAUGAAGCAAGGCCGAUACUAUCAAGCCACCUCACCGAUGCCGAUGUCAAUCGUGACCAGUCCAUUAACGACAAAACCCGAGGCGGAGAUGAAUUACGCUUCACCCGUGGCUGACGCGCGGGCCGCAGCAAAUCGACACUCAACUAUUUCAACCGCAUCGACCGCCUCUAAUCGAGGAAAGCGCAAGACGCACGUUGGGCCAUGGCAGCUAAAAAGGACCCUCGGGAGUGGCGCAAGUGGUCGGGUCAGAUUGGCAAAGCACGCACUCACUGGACAGAUGGCAGCAAUCAAGAUUGUGUCGAAAAAAUCGGCAGCAAUGACGCAAAGUGAGAGUAUCGCGGGAAUGGAUCGGAAGGCAGGUCACGUUGUCGGGUCAAGUAUGCGACAUAUCCCUUCUGGACUCGAGAGAGAGGUGGUUAUCAUGAAGCUCAUUGAGCAUCCAAACGUCAUCAGUCUAUAUGACGUUUGGGAGAAUCGCGGCGAACUGUACCUUGUUCUUGAGUAUGUUGAGGGUGGAGAGCUGUUCGAUCACGUCCAGAAGCAUGGCCCUUUGCCAGAGGAAGAGGCAGUGCGGUUGUUUCGACAGAUUAUUGCAGGUCUCGGUUACUGCCACCGAUUUAACAUUUGUCAUCGUGACCUCAAACCCGAGAACAUCCUGCUAGAUAGUUGGCUUAAUGUGAAGAUAGCUGACUUCGGAAUGGCUGCUCUGCAGCCCAUGAAUCAAUGGCUGAAUACAUCCUGUGGAAGUCCGCAUUAUGCUGCCCCGGAGAUCAUCUAUGGCCGAAAGUACCGUGGAGAUAUGGCAGAUAUUUGGAGCUGCGGUAUCAUUUUAUAUGCGCUCUUAACAGGGUUUCUUCCAUUUGAUGGAGGAAAUCUGCCUGAUACACUGCGUCUGGUAAAAAGGGCAGAAUUUGAAAUACCUCCAGAAGUCAGUCUUGAGGCUGCUGAUCUGAUCAAGCGGAUUUUACAAAAGCGGCCUGAAGAACGCAUUAACAUGCAAGGUAUAUGGGCGCACCCGCUUCUCAAGAAAUAUGAGAAGCUCCACCAAGCGAUGGCAAACCAUUACGUGGGUCCCGCUCCGCCGCUGUCGUUCGAUGACUGUGGAGAACCUAUCGCUCAUAGAUCUGACGUUGAUCCCGAGUUGUUGCGAAAUCUUCAAACACUAUGGCACGAUGUUCACCAGGAAGUUCUGAUUGAGAGAAUAUUGUGUCCUGAACCGACGCAUGAGCGGAUGUUCUACAAUGCAUUAGUCAAAUUCAGGAAUGAGCAGCUGGAGAACUAUCAAGGCCAGGCGCUGGAGUACUCUGCCAGCGAUUACCAUCAUAUAUCCCGGGUGGAGGAGCGCAGCACCUAUAAGCGGAAUAGUCAUGCCAAGCACCACUCCAGAAAACAAUCCCAGGUCUCCGUCAAGGAGACAGGGAUACGGUCCAGGAGAUCGGUCAGGGAACCAAUGUCCUGUGCUACAGUGGAGAGCUAUGAUCCGUAUCGAUCUCCGAAGCACAAGAUUCCACUGCAGGAAGCCGAAUUCGCGCAGAUCACGAUCUACCGAAAUGGAAUCGACAGCCAUGAAGUAUUCGAGAAACCUCCCAUUCCUCCAAUUCCAAAACCGGUAGCCGAGGAAUCAUCAUGCCAGGAGCUUGAUUGCCCUCCAAGCUCCCCCUUUGUAGUGGGCCGCAACAGGAAAAUGAAAGUCGCUUCUAUGAAGUCAUUCCAGUCUAAAGCCUCACAAUCAUCUCGUCGAGCUCUGUAUGGCACACCCGCACCGCGAUCGGCCAGCUACAAGCGGAACGUGUGUUUUCGCCAUGCUCGAACUCGCUCCCAAGGAUCAGUAUCGGUGAGAACAAAAACUCCACGAGUAAGGGCUCGGGAGAUCAAAGCCAAUUCAAGUGACGGCAGCUUGGAGGUAUCCGAAUUCGAAGACGACCCAUUCAUCGAUGGCAACGGAAGUCCAACGCUUCCAGCUCAGCCAACCGUCGUGCGAAGUGCAGGCGUAACAGUCAAGAAAUGUCCACAAAUGAAGAAGGUGCGCACAUGUGACUUCACAUGGAAGGAAGAUGCGAGGAAGGUUUCCCAUGAGCUCAGUCAAAUCUGCGAGGAAGCUUUCAACGGCAGUUCGCUGUCCACUGGAUGCACGAAUACAAGUACCUGCAUUGGAACAGAGACCCCUGCCACGUCGGUUUCCAUGGCUAGUCCCGAAGCUUCGGAGCGGACAAUCAAGUCCAAGACAUCUACUACUCGACCAAAGCCAUUGCCUUCCGCCUCAGCAUCCAAACCUUACACGGUUGCAGAACUUGCCGAGACUCGGCGCAGAUUGAUUGAACACUCCACCAAGGGUGGCAAUGAGGAUAUACCAGGAUAUUUAGUCGCAGUGAUAGGCCAUCUCGACCGACUGAUUGAGCAGGAUGAGCUUCGACAACGAGAUCGACCCGACUGUGCACGUCCCAUCUCUACUGCUUCUUCUGACCCCUAUCCUUCAAACCCAACCGCCAACCACAGCAAUCGGCGUAGCAUGAUUCCUUCUGAUGCCCAGAGAACAGCCAAAUCUCGGGCAAGCCCUGAGCACCAUGCCAACCGCACAAGUCGUGACGGCAAGCGGACAAUACGCAUGGUGCCUCACAGCUCGGUACACUCCAUGGAGCCGUCCAGACACCUACCUAUACAGAAGAGCCAAGCAGUACUCCCGCAGGAAACACGGCAGUCGCUUGAUGGAUAUAAGAUACCCGGUGAUAGUGAACAGGGAGCCCUACCUACUAGAAGAUUCGCCUCCGUAAAUUCUCGUCACAGUCGCAUUCCCUGUGAGCUCGAUCCUAUCGCAGAGAAUCCGGGUUCACCUAGGCGCAAUACCACCCGAACGUCGGACAACAGAAAGUGGUCAUGGCUGCCCAAUAAGUACAACACCUCGAAUGAGAAGGGAACCAGGAACUCGGCACAUGUUCGCCCAAUACAGCCAAGUUCCGAGACCGUGAUAAGACAUGACGUUCAUCCACCAACAGAUUUGUUCUCAACGCAAGGAGACUCCAACUUGACUGAGAGACAUUCACCUUCGAAAGCGAAGACAGGAUUUUUCCGACGCCUAAUCAAUCGCCGGACAAGCAAAAGUACUCAGAACCGUGAAUCUGAACCUGAAUCUACAGAAACAUACCAGCUCCUGGAACAGCCUGAACAGCGCGAGCACUCUCUCGACUUGGAGGACAGCAGACCCCUACCCGACCGACCACAGAACACAGGGAGAAGCCAGAACUGGUUUGCCCGAGUCUUUCACUUCAAGCCCGCAACUCGAGUCGUGGCACUUAACACGUCAACAACAAAGGCGCGAAAGGACGUUCACAGAAUACUUCGGGAUUGGAAGAAAUAUGGCAUGCAAGAUGUUUACCUCGAUCGUGAGCGACGUGUUGUUUACGGGACCGUGGGCGAAGCAAACUUCCUUCGUCUCCGGCCAGUUCAGUUCUCUGCCGAGUUCUGUACCUACCUCGAGCAAGGCCGACAAGAGAACCUGAGUCUUGUCCGAUUCCGACAAGAAAGAGGAGCCGCUUCCUCUUUCAACAAGGUUGUAGACGCACUGUACAUGGUCAUGAAGCAACGCAACAUGCUUGUGGAAGACCCAGCGCGAGCAAAGGAGAUGGUUCGCAUUCUGGACGCGUUUCCAGAAUCAUGAUUCUCUGCGCCGAGAUUCUUCACCGUGCCUACCCUCCUUUACCGCUCGUCCUCAAGGCCUUGUUCCCUCGUAUAGCUCUAUCAACGAGUGAUUCC